AUGGGACUAUAUAACUAUCUAAGUCCGGGUGAGGGGGUACUUCCGGUGCUGGUGAUUAACACAGUAUUGUCUGUGGCUCUUUUGAAGAACAUGGUGAGAUCAUUGCUUCAGGUGGUGGGUAGUGCCACUGGGCCACCACAAAAUUUAGAGGCAGACCCAUCACGUGAUGGCUCUGAGAAUGGAAUAGCAAGAAGAGUGUCGAUUAUGCGUUACGAAUCCUUGUGUAAAAACAUGUCUGGUCUCGCCGGAACUAGUAGUGGCAAUGGCAAUAUGUGGUCUUCAAUAGAGUGUUGUGUGUGUCUGUGUAAGUUUGAGGGUGAUGACAAGAUCUUUGUGACCUGUAACCGUAGGAGCAGACCCUCUGCUGAGUUCAAUGUUGGUUUCUACAUGACUAAAUGA